GUGAUGUGACUCCCCAGGAUCGUCUGGGACCCCCUGGGAAAGGUAGAGUUUGAAAGCCUUGUACUGAGCUUGACACGUUGUUUGGCGGGCGACACCGGCUGGGCACUACUACACUCUUCUCGCGCUCUACUACCCUUUAGGUAUUUGAAGCUGUGGGCCAUGAUAAAGAGUACGUUACUCUUCUGGACUUCAGUAAGGCCUGUCUUAAGGAUGCUUUCUACCUACCCUGCCAGGCGUUUAAGUUCGUCCAUCUGCCCCACCUUCCCUCCUGUGGAAGAAAAAAACAGGGUGAAUAAAGGGUUAGUUCCAUCAAACAUCAUGCCGCCCAAGAAUUCAAAGCGGAAUGUGGAGGGGGGUGAAUCCUCUUCUGGUGAGGAAGGGGGGGGAGUUUCUUCCCCAAAGCGUAAAAGGUUAAUUUCUGAAGAAAAGGAUAGAAAGUAUGAGUCGGAAGACUCGAUGGAGGACACAAAAGAUUCUAACGAUUGGGGUGGCGAAAGUGAGAGAGAUGGUGGAUGGGAUCGAUAUUCAGACCAAGAUCGGUAUUCCAGCCGUUCCAGCAGCAAGCCCGGAGACUGGGAUUGUCCAAGUUGCCAGUUUUCCAAUUUUGCCUCUCGCUCUGCUUGUUUCAAGUGCAGGACUCCCAAAGAUGGAGAUAGCUUUGGGUCUGGAGGACGUGUUGGUGGAGGAAUGCGUGACAUGCGUCCUGGAGACUGGUCGUGCCAGAAGUGCCAGUUCCAUAACUUCUCAUCACGUGGCAUGUGCUACAAGUGUAAUGCUCCCCGUGGGGGUGGUGGCGGUGGUGACCGUUACUCUAGCCCUCGUGGUGGUGGUGGUGGUGGUGGUGGUGGUGGCAGCAGGCCUGGGGAAUGGGAAUGCCCUAGUUGCCAGUUUUCCAACUUCUCGCAUCGCGAUUACUGCCUCAAAUGCAGGACUCCUAGAGGUAUGUCUAGAUGUGUUGCUAAGGAUACGUAAAAUGAGCAUGGAAUA